AGGUGUGAGAUGCUGUCUGGCAGCUGAGAGCUCGGGAAGCGUGAGAAAAAUCCUGCAUGGAUCUUGGGAGCACCGUGUUUAUAUUCCCCUCGUGUUGUCUCAUUAGUGCAGGGACUUGCUUUCACACGAACAUUACCACCAAAAUAAUUGCCUAAUAUAAUUAAAGCUCCUGGCUCUUUAAGUUUGAUGGGUGAUAAAAGAAGGCCCGGUGUCUCUAUGAAUUAAAAGCUUGCAUGGUUGCACAGCCUCGCUGGAUCUGUCUCCUCGUGGUGGCCCCCAGGGAUUUGGACACACAUCCUGCUUUGUGGCCCUCAUGUUUUAUGCAGCCCAGGUCCAGAAAAAAAACUAAGAGAAGUGUAAAGAAUUUACACAGAGUGACUGACCUCGAGCCCAGUCUCUCUGAAGUUACUGGCAGCUCAGACAUACUAAAUUUAUUUCCUUUCUUCCAGAAAGUCAAUGAACUGCUACUAAAUUUAGUCAGUGUUCCAGUAUUUACAGUGAUUUUGCCGUGAUAUUCCCAGUGAAAUAUUGCUGUUUAUGUCCACAUAGUAAGAAGGGAAAGAAAAUAUGCUUCUCUUAGCAAGACAAGGAUGCAGAGCCUAUUUAGGAUGGGUUUCAUGUUUGCUGUGCUGGGGGUUUGCUCUGAUGAGAAUCAUGUGUGCAGUUAGUUGUUUUAUGCACUGCGAGUCUCGGAUGACUGGGAUUAUGUUCUCCCAAUUUAACAAGGUUAUCCAUUUAAUAAAUGGAGAGAGAUGAGUCAGAGCACAACCCCAGAUCCGUGUCUUGUGAAUUUAACAAGUAAGGACAGUCGGAAUCUGACCCUUCCGCUCUGGAAGGAAUCCUGACUGAGCAGUCCAUGCAAUUACAGUUUUCAUUCUCUUCACGUUUUGAGUGUUAGAUUUGGAGGAAGCAACAUUAUCAGUGUGACACUGGACCUUCCACUUGAGAAGCUUGAAUUUAGUGCUAAUUUUUACCGCUUUCAGAAGAUCCUGAGAGGGUGUAAAUUACAUUUAAGGCCAUUUUUUAGUGCACAGCGAUGUGGGUGCCUGAGGGAGCCUGGCAUGCACUGAGAUCUGAUUCAGCAGCUUUAAUUAACUUGCUAAAUGCAAAGGGAAGGGGAGUCUCUCCAGGGAUUGGGAUGAAUGUGGGUGAUCCCUACGGCAGGUCACGGGUAUUCCCUGCAUUUACCGUGUGCCAUCUCUGCACAGGCAACAGGAAGAGCUGCCAAAUCCACAAGGACAGUCGUCAUUGCUGGUGUCCCAGAUGGCCUUCUGCAGGAUGAUGUCAUGGCUGACAUCCUCACCAUCCACUUCCAAAAGUCGAGGAAUAACGGUGGAGACGUGGAAGAAGUGACUUAUCCCACAGGGAAUAAAGGAGUCGCCUACGUAACCUUUGAAGAUCAAGAAGUUGUGGAGAGUGUCCUGAAGAAGGAUGACCAUCGACUGGAAGACAAGAGGCUGUCCCAGCCCUAUCCCCUGAGAGUGACCCCUUACUGUGAAAAGGUCUUCAGCUCUGUCACAUCUGUCCUCAACAUGGCUGUUUUCAAAGACCAGUUUGUUUUAGAAGAUCUGGUGGAAGAAAUGAAAAAGCAGAGCAGGGAUUUGAGCUUUGGGCCGUUGCAGUCCGACGGGCAGAUUGCUGUCCAAGGCUCCUUUCCAGCCAUUCAAGUGCUCAGAGACUUUCUCUUACUAAAAGCAAAAUCCCUCUCAGAGAAGGACAACAGAGAGGAAAGUAAAUCCCAUCAGAGACUGAGGAGGAGGCUACAGGAACACAGAAGUACCACGGAGAGGAGGAAUUUCGUUCCUGAUGGAGAUGGGGGAAAACAAGUGGUUGUUCUUGACACAGAUAUAUAUCACUACAUGAAGCACUUCUUUCCCUGGAUAUUCCAAGAAAAUGAUGUUGCAAUUUCUGCUGUCACUGAUGGUGAUAUAACUACAGUGUGUGUUGAGAAUGCUGGAAGGGCUGAUGCUGGACAGGUAUCGAGUGUCAAAAAGAAAAUUGAAGAUCAGUCCAUAAAACUCCACAGCAUUUUACGGAAAAUAAGGGUCUCCUUCAAGGAAUGCCCCAGAGACGAAAAGCAGAGACACAAAUGGGUGUGUGAAAGGCUCAAAUCCUCUUUCCCUCAGGUUUUGGUCAUUCCUCAUCAUGCUCACGUUGAGGUGAUAGGAUUUUCUUCAGACAUUUUUGAGUUGACCAAGGAAAUGAGCAGUAAGAGUCUCACCAGGUAGAAGGUGAGUGUUCAGAUCUUUGCUCUCUGUGCUCCUCACACAGAUUGUGGCACUGCAGAUCUCCCACUGUGUGGCUGAGAGGGGAACUCUGCACGUGAGGGUGGACAGGCCUGUUCCCCCCAAAGACCAGAUUAAGUUCAGGACAGGAAACCCUUGCUCUCUGCCUCACUCAUGAGCUCAGAGGCCAAAGUCAAGCCUCUUCUACCCAGAAACAGCCUCAUUUUCCUUGUGUUGACUCAAUGCACACUCACUCCAUCUUGCUGGCAGGGAGCACUUGGUGAGAAAAGAGAUUUUUUUUCCAAGAGGGUGACAAAGCAGGGCCAGCCAACCUGGUGGGAGGCACUGCAGUGAGGUUGUGUUCCUUUGUGCAGGCAGGUGACCACUGCAAACAGCAAUGGGGGCCUUUUCCUGUCACCUGGAUCUGCAGGAGAACCUUCUCGUCCCCGAGAUGCACAAAGAGAGCUUUGGCACCUGACAGAACUAAAUGCAUGUUAAAUUCACAGCCUUGUCAUGUCCUGAGAAAGGCCUGAGAAUAUGGCAUGGGGAGGUUUUCACAGUAGAAAAUAGGCAGUUUUGCCUUCAUGGGAGCAGUACUGUUUCUUUUCCAGCUGUAAUGGCUUCUGCAGCAUCUCUUGACAACACGUUAUUUAGACAUGAGUGUCCAAAGGUUUGAUGUGAAAAUCCUGGGGCAUUUGGACUUUUGAAUCAGGUUCUGUUUAGGCAAAUCUGUUUCUAUAUCCUAUUGCAAGGGUCCAAAGGCUUUUUUUUAUAUAACCAGUUUAGGAAAUAGCUCUUAUUUUGUGGUAUCAGCAUGUCCAGACUAUUUUGUCAAAUCACACAGAGCAGUUUUGUCUGAUGUGCAGAAAAGUUUUAGGGUUUUAUGCCAUUAAAGAAGUUACUUGCACAAAACACCCGUGUCCGUGUUCUUUUAACCAAAUCCCAGAUUUUUGGUUGGAAGCCCAAACCUGAAGCCCCAGAAAUGCUUUAGGCAUUUUCUUGUCAUGACUGAUUAUCCGUUGCAAUUAUGCCAACGGAAGAUGAAGUUGUUAAA